AUGUUUUCCAUCUACCUCCUCAUCGGCGCCUGCGUCGCGCUCAGCGCCUGGCUCUACCGUAACUACAGCACGCUGUCCCGUCACGGCAUCAAGCAUGGCCCCUUUGUCCCGCUACUGGGAGACAUGGCUGGCGUGCUGUUCACGAAGGAGCACAUUGCUGACGUCGUCAUGCGCGCGUAUGAGAGAUUCCCACAAGAGAGUACCUGCCACUACCGUAACUACAGCACGCUGUCCCGCCACGGCAUCAAGCUUGGCCCCUUUGUCCCGCUGCUGGGAGACAUGGCCGGCGUGCUGUUCUCGAAGGAGCACAUUGCUGACGUCGUCAUGCGCGCGUAUGAGAAAUUCCCACAAGAGCGAUUGGUGGGUCGCUACGAAUUCCUGACUCCCUACGUCAUGGUGAAGGACCUUAACCUCUUGAAGAGGAUCACUGUUACGGACUUCAACCACUUUGUCGACCGAAUAAGUGUCGACGCCAAGGCAGAUCCUAUCUUUAACAGAAUGCUUUUGUGCUUGAGAGGUGACGAAUGGAAAGAAAUGCGUUCUGCCCUGAGUCCAGUUUUCACCAGCUCCAAGAUCCGACUGAUGGUGCCAUUCAUGGUACAAGUCGGGGACCACAUGAUCAGGGCUCUGAAGACUAAGAUUGAACAGUCUGAAGUUGACUACAUCGACCUCCAAGCUAAGGACUUGACAAGGCGCUUUGCCAACGAUGUGAUAGCCACCUGCGUCUUCGGUCUCGACGUCAACUCCCAAUAUGAAGAGAACGAUUUCUUCAAAAUGGGCAAGGAGCUCACCACCGUGACUUUUAUAUUUAAGAUGAGGUUCUUGGGAUUCAUGAUUGUGCCUUCGAUUAUGUCUGCUCUACAGCUGACAGUGUUCUCACAGAAGGUGAUAGGUUUUUUCACAAACGUGGUGCUGGGAGCCAUAAAACAACGUGAAGAGCAAAACAUCUAUCGGCCAGACAUGAUCCACCUACUCAUGGAAGCCAAGAAAGGAAAACUGGCGCAUGACACAAAGUCUACAAAAGACGACCAUGCCGGUUUUGCUACAGUAGAGGAGUCUGAUGUUGGAAAAGUUAAAAAUAAAACGGUCUGGACAGACUUUGAUCUAGUGGCCCAAGCAGUGAUCUUCCUCUUCCCCGGUUACGACACUGUUGCCUCGACCAUGUCGUUCCUCCUCUACGAGCUGGCCGUCAACCCUGACUGUCAGGAGAGGCUGUUCCGGGAGAUCCAGGAGAAUGAGGAGAAAAACGGGAAGAUUGACUAUAAUUCAGUGCAGCAUAUGACGUAUUUGGAUAUGGUUAUAUCAGAGGUUCUUCGCAAGUGGCCUGGUAGUAUAUCGCAGACCCGUGUUUGUGUCAAAGACUACAACCUGGGGAAACCCAACGACAAAGCUACCAAAGAUGUUAUCCUUCGCAAAGGAGAAGCAGUACAAAUACCGAUGUGGGCGUACCAUCGCGACCCCAAAUACUUCCCGGACCCUGAAAAGUUUGACCCUGAGCGCUUCUCCGUAGAAAACAAGCACAAAAUUGACCCUGUUGCCUACAUGCCCUUCGGAUUGGGACCCAGGAACUGCAUUGCAUCAAGAUUUGCCCUCUGCGAGAUAAAGGUGAUGGCGUAUCAACUGCUACUCCAUAUGGAAGUCACGCCCUGCGAGAAGACUAUCAUCCCGAUUACUCUGUCUGCACAAAAUGGCUUCCGAAUGUCUGUGACUGGAGGCAACUGGGUUAGGUUUAGACCACGGAAGAAUGGGGUUGGCAACUGUCAAAAGCUUUUAUAGAUGGUGCAUAGGUUUUCC